CGCUGGCCAAUAAGAGCUUCUGAAACUGCUCUUUGUACUAUGCACUGCAAUAGAAACACAGUUACCUCUCCCCUUUCAUGCAGCUUUCAUUUGUAGUGAGAUUCUCUCCCAGGCCACAAGACACUUCCUGCUUGGAACCUGUUUACUAAUUCCCACAGCUUUUAAGGCCCUGCACUGAAAAUGCAAGCUCAGGCGCCCAUGGUCGUGGUAACCCAACCUGGACUUGGUCCCGCACCCCAGAACUCCAACUGGCAGACAGGCAUGUGUGACUGCUUCAGCGACUGCGGAGUCUGUCUCUGUGGCACAUUUUGUUUCUGGUGCCUUGGGUGUCAAGUUGCAUCUGACAUGAAUGAAUGCUGUCUGUGUGGAACAAGCGUCGCAAUGAGGACUCUCUACAGGACCCGAUAUGGCAUCCCUGGAUCUAUUUGUGAUGACUAUUUGGCAACCAUUUGCUGUCCUCAUUGUUCUCUUUGCCAAAUCAAGAGAGAUAUCAACAGAAGGAGAGCCAUGCAUGCUUUCUAGCUUUCUAAACACUGAUGGUGAAAAGUUCUGAUUGAAGCAACAAAAAUCAGCAGACACCUCUUCAGCUUGAGUUCUUCACCAUCUUUUGCAACUGAAAUAUGAUGGAUAUAUUUAAGCAUAAUUGAUGGCAAGAAAAAAGUCAAAUUUUUGAUUUUUUUAUAAAUGAAUCUUGUCCCUGAGCUUAGCUAAAUGGUCUAGCUUAGUUUCUCCUUGCUUUCAUAUUAUGAAAUUUCCUGGCUUAUAAAUUUUUUAAUUACACUUGAAAUAUAAGCCAAAUAAAAGAUUUUACUGACAAGA